AUGCGAUUGUUACCCUGCAUAUCAGCAGCACCAGCGCUGUUCGCAGCCGUCGCUGAGGCCUCAACCUUAACGCCGCCGGUGCUGCCACUCAUUGUCCGAAACCCAUACCUGAGUACCUGGUUGGGGAACGCGAGGGACGUGCCGUGGAGCAAAUGGCCUAUGUUCUAUACCGGCCAGGAGGUUGGAUUCUCAAUAUUAGCUCAUGUACCGGACUCGAAGACGGUAUACCCCCUCCUAGGUCGGCCGCAAGACUCGCUCGCAUCACCCAACCAUGCUGAAGGAUACAAUGUUUCUUUCCCGACCUACCUCGGCGCUAAGUAUGACGCCUCUACUACAAAUCUCACGUACCAUAUCCCUGCGCCGAGCAGUAACCCUGGGGCCGAGCCGUUGGAGGUCGUCGUGUCCUUCCUGUCGCCUAUCACGCCUACCUCGACUCUGCGGCAGUCACUGCCGGCCGCAUAUGUGUCCAUACACGUCAAGGGCAGUUUCAACAUCAGUCUCUAUAUUGACCUGAACGGGCUAUGGGUCAGUGGGGACAGGGGAAGCAACAUCGAGUGGGAGCUUGUGCAGAACAACAUCGACGAGAAGAACGCGCUGAAGACGUGGAAAAUCAAGAAGCAGAAUGAGCAGUUGUUCACAGAGUUUCAGGAUCGUGCAGAAUGGGGCCAGCUGCACUUCUCAGCGUCAUCCGACGUUCGCCAUGAGUCGGGCACCUCCGCCAUGCUACGCCAGCGCUUCUCCAACACCGGCACUCUCCAAGAUUCCGUAGACUCCUCGUUCCGGGGCAUAAUGGAGGAAGAGCCCGUCUUUGCCUUCUCCAAAUCCUUUGUGCUCAAGGCAAACGCGUCCUCCGCCGCUUCAAAGUCUGAUAGCGUUCUUUUCACCAUUGCACACGUCCAAGACCCGGUGACACAGUUCGCCUCCGCUCGCGGGCUGACCUUCAUGCGGCCUCUUUGGAAGUCUUGGUUUCACACUGACGCCGCUCUGCUGACCUAUCACUAUCUCGACUUCGCCAACGCCCGGCACCUCGCUCAGAAUUAUUCUAACCAGCUCGCCGUUGACGCCUACCGUUCCGGCUCCUCGAGCUACGUCGAUAUCGUCGCGCUAUCCGCACGACAAGUCAUGGGCGCAACCAGCUUCUCCGGAACACCUGAUGAGCCCUUAAUCUUCCUCAAGGAGAUAUCCUCGAACGGAAACUGCCAGACCGUCGACGUUAUCUUUCCCGCCUUCCCGUUCUUCUUGUACACACAGCCGCGGUGGCUGGCAUACCUGCUGGAACCGCUCUUGGAGCACCAGCUCAGCGGUCAAUACCCGAACAAGUACUCCAUGCACGACGUCGGGACGCACUUCCCUAACCUUACGGGCCAUGCGGAUGGACGCGAUGAAUACAUGCCUGUUGAAGAGUGUGGGGACAUGCUCAUCAUGGGUCUUGCGUUGGUCAACUCUCUUCUAUAUGGCUCAGGUCAAGAGGCGCAGUCUAUCUGGUCCGUGGAAGGCAGCAACAUCUCCAUCGAGGCCAGUGGAGCGGGGAGUGUGUUCCCGCUAUCCUUAGAGCAAAGGCAGGGCAUCGAAGGCCUGGACGAUUCUUGGGGCGGCGGAGCCAAGGGCGAGAAGCAAGCCCAGAUGUGGCUGGAGAAGAGCUACCGGCUCUGGAAGCAGUGGACGGGCUACCUCGUUGAGUUUAGUCUGGAGCCGCAUAACCAGCUCUCGACGGACGACUUUGCGGGUUGGCUGGCUCUGCAGACGAAUUUGGCGCUGAAAGGGAUUGUUGGGAUCAAGGCGAUGAGUGAGUUGGCGGAGAUAUUGGAGAAUGAGGCGGAUGCGAAGUUCUAUCGGAACGUCUCAGAUACAUACGUCAAGAAAUGGGAAGAGUUCGGCAUCUCUCGCGAUGGCUCGCAUGCCAAACUCGCCUACGACUGGUACGGCAGCUGGACGACACUGUACUCCCUCUACGCCGACGCGGUCCUCUGCUUCCAUCCUACGAUCACCGGGAACGCCUCGUUAACAUCCUUUCAACUGACCCCAGAAGAAAGCGCCGAAGGCACCGAACUCCGCCGCAGCAACCGCUACGGGGGUCAAGAGCCCCUCAAACCCCCCAAAUCGCCCAACGGCAAGCCCAGAAAGCGGCAACCCACCGACUUCAUCCCCCACCGCAUCUACAGCAUGCAGUCGACCUGGUACGGCGCGGUGCUACAAAAAUACGGCCUCCCCCUCGACAGCCGGCACCUGUACGCGAAAUCCGACUGGGAGUUCGAGGCGGCUGCCGUGGCGGACAAGGCGGUGCGGUCCGAGAUUUUGGAUAGGGUGGCGAAGUGGCUGAAUGAGACGAAGACGGACAGGCCGUUUACUGAUUUGUAUAAUACCGAGGGGGAUGGUGGGUUUCCAGGGCCGGACUUUUUCGCGCGGCCGGUUGUGGGGGGGCAUUUUGCGUUUUUGACGCUGGAGAGGGCGUGUGGGUGA